CGUAUCGUUGUCCUGGCAACAAAAGCGCAACAAUCGGCGUCUAUUUGUGGGACAAAUCCAGGUUGAAGGUGUUGUAAAACCAAAAACAAAAGAUGAGGCGACAUAGUUCAACACUAACUGCCUCCUCCCGGCCAAUGAGAUCAACUUCGGGGAUGCAGCGAAUCCUUCACAGUUCCAGAUACACAGGGAGCCUUGCGGGUCACCAAAGCCGGAGAGGCUCCAGGAUGGUGUCGGAAAGCAAAAUGGGUCGCUUCGCUCAUAGGAAAGCAAUCCGGGUUCUGGAUGAGGAAGGAAAUGAUGUCACACCUCGGCCCCUGUACGAGGCCGAGCCCAAGGACCCGCACGCCAAACCACAGAGAUCCUUCUUUGACGAUUACUACUCCAGAUUCGAUACUUCCAAAUCCUCCUCGUGCUUCUAUGUGCCCUCUUCCGGGACAUGCAGGUGGAGCAGCAGUCUUCCCAGCUUGUCACCCAGGGUGGGCUCUCAGAGUGCCAUGGGCUAUAUCAAAUUGGACACCAGCCAGCCUCUCGAUUCCGUGAGGCAAACUGGGAGUCAGCAGACAUCGGAGGAGAUUGCUGUGGAGGAGCUGUUGCACGUUUACCUGAGCGAGACAGAGACCAUCACUCUCCUGGAUCUGCCCACCAUCUGCAUGUCCAAUCAGGCUGAAGACGCUGAGGCCGUUAAGCGGAGCAACGUCCUCUACAUUGAGCUGUGCAACAACCGAUUGGGCAACGACAAGUACGUGGAGCGAGCCAUGCAGACGUUCGUCGGAGCUUCUAAAAACAAAAAACUCCAGAGCGACAAAAUUGUCAUGCACGAUCAGGGCACCAUGGCCACCAUUUGGGACAUUUUCGACUCCUUCCAAACCGAAGAUUCAAAAGCGGAGAGAAGUGCGCAAAGUUCGCCGGACUUUAAUGAAGAUCCCAAGGAAAUAGGAAGCGUCAGCAGCAUCAGCACAAUCGACACAACCAGUACCGGAAGCUCCUUGUUUGCUUUCAACAAGCAAGCGGGCGACAUGAUGGAUGAGUCAGAGCUUCAGCUGAUCUUCCAGUCGGAGACGUUCCAGAGUAACCUGCUCAUUAUAGAACGCUGCGUGGUUGCCAACAUCUUUCAAGCAAGGCUGGCCUCUUACAGGAACCUCCCCGAGAUCCAAGAACCCUCCUUCGAGACCAAGCCGGAGUCUGAGGAGCUCAACAAUGAAGAAGAGAAGGAAGAGGAUGAAGAGGAAGAAUUGGAUGAGAUGACGGAGGAGGUGCAGGAGGUAAAAGUGGAGGAGCAGGUGAAAGAGGAGGAGCAAAAUGAGGAAGAAGAGGAGGUGCAGGCAGAAGAGGAAGAGGAGGAAGUGGUAGCUCCAUCUCUGGAACUUCUCUGGACCUUCAGUUGCGAACUCACCAAAGGAUGGAACAUCACCUCUAUGGCUUGGAACAAGCAGAACAUGGAUCUGCUGGCAGUGGGCUAUGGUGACUUCAAGCCCUGGAGUAAAGGCCUGAUCUGCUGCUGGUCCAUCAAGAACCUGACCUGGCCGGAGCGCGUCUACCACUGUCACAGCGGCAUCACGGCGUUGGAUUUCUCCUCCACCACACCCGACAAGUUGGCGGUGGGCAUGCACGACGGCACCGUCGCCAUCUUCAGCGUGCGCAAUCGAGAAAGGCGCACAUUCCUCGCCAGCAGCAUCGGUUGCAAAAAGAGACAUUUUCAUCCCGUGUGGAACAUCACCUGGGCCAGGCAGGAGAUGGGCCUUUCCGACGAGGACACCAUCGAAUCCGUCGUGUCUGUCUCGGAGGACGGACGUAUCCUCAAGUGGCUGCUGUGCAGCCACGGCCUGGAGGGCAUCGGCAUGCUGGAGCUGAGGAGAAUCCAAGACGGCAUCAAGAAAGCCGAAGGUAACAAAACCAAGAGGGAGGGUCUUUUGGUUUCCACUGCCACGGCCGGUCUUUGCUUGGAUUUUCAGCCUACGGAUCCCACCAUCUACUUGGCCGGCACUUCAGAGGGCGUCGUCCAAAAGUGCUCCGUGUCCAACCACCAUCAUUACCUGGCCCUUUAUCGGAAGCACCUCUGCCCUGUCAAUCAAGUGCAGUGGUCCCCGUUCAGCCCCGACGUGUUCCUGAGCGGCUCGGCCGACUGGACCAUCCAGCUCUGGAAGGAGGACCACCUGACGCCGGCCAUGAGCUUCACCACCAUCCAGAGUCCCGUGCUGUCCGUUAGGUGGUCCCCGCUCUGGCCCCCCGUCUUUGCCUCCAUCAAAAGUGAACAGCUGGAGAUCUGGGACCUGAACGCUUCCAUGUUGGACCCAGUCAUCGUGGAGCCCGCCGCACAGGGCGUCCAAUUGACCUCCGUGCUCUUCGCCAAGGCCUCAGAUUGCAUCCUGGUCGCAGAUUCGAGGGGAAAUGUAAACUUCUACAAGAUUAAAGACCUCAGCGUCGGGCCGGGCAAGACGGUGCCAAGUUUGGAGAGACUCGUUCACUUUCCUUCUACUACUAGUUAGUUGCUUUCACAAACAACCUAAGUGUUAUCGAGAUGUCCAUAAAUUGCGUCAUAUAUUUC